AUGUCAAUCACCCUCAGAGGCCACGUCUCCGCUUUUUCCACAUCAAGUCAGACACUUUUUAACCCUGGAUACGAACACACCGCAAAGCCGGAGGUGAAUAAAUUUGCCAGUAUGCUGCGCUGGAGAGUGUCGAAGGCUGUUGUGUUGAGCGUGUUGUUCACUCAGGCUGUGACCGUGGGGCUCCUUUACGGCUGGUACAGUCGACCGACUCUUCAAAACGUGACUCAGUCUGAGGGAAAGGUGCACGUGCUGCUGUUGUCCUCCUGGAGGUCUGGCUCAUCCUUCUUGGGCCAGGUGUUCAGCCAGCAUCCAGACGUCUUUUAUUUGAUGGAGCCGGCCUGGCACGUGUGGAUGUCCAUCAACCAAUCCGGCGCACGUAGCUUGCGAAUGGCGGUGCGUGACACUAUUCGCAGCAUCUUUCAGUGCGACAUGUCCGUGAUGGAUUCAUACAUCCGCCAGCCCCAGAACAUCUCCAGCCUGUUCAUGUGGAGCCACAGUCGUGCGCUCUGCUCUCCGCCAGCGUGCCUCCAAACGCCACGCGACCAGAUUAGCAAAGAACAAGACUGCAAGCAGCACUGUGGGAAAAGCAGCUUGAAGAUUGCAGAGUCGGCUUGUCAAACCUACAGCCACGUUGUUUUAAAAGAAGUUCGCUUCUUCGAAUUGGAGUCACUUUAUUCGCUACUUCAAGACCCUACCUUAAACGUGCGAAUUAUCCAUUUGGUUCGUGACCCGCGAGCGGUGUUUCGCUCCAGAGAUCGUUCCUACAAAGCCUUGGUGAAAGACAGCAAUAUAGUGCUCGAAAUGGCUAACAUUCCUGAAAAAGAUAAACCUUAUCGUGUCUUGCAGGAGAUUUGCCGCAGUCACGUCCGCAUUUACGAGACCGCCAUGCUUAAAGCACCGAGUUUCCUUAAGGGACGCUACAAAAUGAUUCGCUAUGAAGAUCUCGUGCACAACACGCAGGCUGAAAUCGAGGCCAUGUAUGAAUUCAUCGGCCUGGAGAUGACCGAAACCCUGCAGGAGUGGAUCUACCGCAUCACUCACGGUAAAGGCAAGGGAACCAAGAAGGAAGCCUUCGAUAUCACUUCGCGAAACGCCGAGGAUGUUUCGAUGGCUUGGCGAACCACGUUACCUUUCGAGAAAGUCCAGCGCAUCCAGGAUGUUUGUAAAGGAGCCAUGUCCCUGCUGGGAUAUUCGACGGUGGACAGUGAGAAGGAGCAAAAGAUGAUGGAAUUAGAUUUGAUGAAGCCACGCGAGCGCUAUAAAUUCAGAUGGCUACCUGCCAAAAGCACGACUGCUGCUAAAUUAUAGAGCUGUGAUCAAAAGACCGAAUGCUAAAGGAAUUCUGGGGCAUUUGUGCAUCGGUUUUCUUGUGCUUUAGGAACAAUCCAGAACGGUGCUCUAGUGGCCGGAUGUUCAACACCGCAGAAGUGUUGUCUUUUUUCCUGGACGCAACCUUAACGCUGGAUGCUGUUAUAGAAGAAACUAUGGUCCAACAAUCAAAAGCAAGAUGUAUUUAUUGACAAUGGAAACGAUUGUGGUGGUGUUUUUCAUGUCUGUUUUUUAUUUUUUACAAAAAAAAAACAACUGCAUUUCAAAUGUAUGUAGUCCAUGCGGGUUGAAGGGAACUAUAGUGUGUUUUUUCUCUGUUGUUUGAUAUAUAAAACUUCGCAUAGAAGUAAAUAGGCUAAUAUAUUUAAGCUAGCAGGCUGGCUAGUUUUGUUAGGAGUAGUUCAGCUAUUGUCCACAUUCUUACUGGAGUUACUCAGAUCAGAAAUCCUUGAUAAUGUGAUUGGAUGUAUCUUUAUUUUAAGUCUAAAUGUAAUACAAUACAUGUGUAUGGGAGAAACAAACAAGGCACAGGUGACAUUAAUAAACAGAACCGAGUGCCUAGAAAGUUCACACAGAGCUCUUUUAAACGAUUAUCAGAGCAUCCAGCUUUUUAAAAACAUGCCAUAUUAAGUUUAACUUACCAGUCUGUGCAUGAACAAUGUUAAAUGCCAAGUAAAUAGUUUUUUUCAGUCUAACUGACAUCAGCGUAUUAGAAAAGCCAAACGAAUGUUGAAACUUUGUCAAAUGAGAUUUAUAUAUAGCUAUAAUCAGCAAAGAUAUCCCUGUGUUAGGGCUGGGAGAUGUAACAAAGAUCUCAUAUCAUGAUACAAGUCAACUCAUAUCCUGAAACCCUUAUAUAUUUCACAAUAUAGUUAAUUUUCUGUAAAUUCAAUGAAUUAAUAGUUUACAUAUUGACCAAAUAAGGACUGUUUUAUACUUUAUGAAAGUUAAUACACGAAAAUGUGCUCAUUCCUCACAAAUGUUUGAUUUAAGAGCGUAUAAAUAUUAACGAACUUAAAACACUUUUUAAAAACUAACGAAUACUGGACCAACGUUAAAUAUUGUCAAAUGUAAAUAUCGUACUUCCACCCCCUCUGCGCUGUUCACGUUUCUCUCUGCAUCCCCAUGGUGGCGUGUAAGACUGCACUCAUACAAAUAAUGCAAAAAUAUUACUGUCCAGUUAUGUAUUUUUAUGAGAUAUCACAUAAUAUGAAGCUAUAGACUUUUGAUUUCGUCCAUCCAAUAUGUAUAUAUAGCGUCAGAUUGCCUCUAACCCGUAUGUGUUUUUGUAAAUGUUAUGAUAUAGUUCCAUAAUAUCAUCAUCAGUGCAAUUCCAACGUUUUGAUUUAGUGGCUAAUUCGUAUUAAUUUGUACGAUCUCAUUUGUAUAUUUUAGUAUUUAUUUGUUCAUACCCCAAUAAAGGGUUGUGUUUAAGGGCAAGUGUCUUAUUAAAGAUUGUAAGUAUACCAAUAAAAUUGUACGAAUUAGCCACUUCUCUAAUUAUGCGUAAAAUAUAGCUAUGUUUCCUCGUACGAUUGGGUUUUCACAAAUAAGUUAAUAUUGAUAAUUACUGUCUAUAUCGUACUGUCAAUGUCACACUGUCAAUAUCACGUAUCGCUAGUUCCACAAGGUAGAAGAGGCCAGGAAUAAGUUUCUUUUUAAAGGUAGUUCAAUGCUAGGUAAUGUACAUAAAAAAAAUCAAUGUUAGGUAGGUUAGUGUUAUGAUUGCGUGCGUAUGAAUACUGCAUGUGUUUUUCUGCUCUUAAUAUUUCAAUACUUGAACGAUUCUGCAGUGAAAUGAUGUAUGAAAGUGAUCAUGCUCAACAAGGAUAGUCUCCGAAUUCUGUAAAAAUGUAAAUGUGAAAAUGUUGGUCGACACUCCAAUGAAUAUUUGUACUAAUCUGCUUUGAUCUGUAUUACUGGAAGCAUUGAGAAGGAAGUGUCGAUGAAGUGUUAAACAGACGCACUCUCUCUGCUUUUUAUGACAUGUUUGAUUGUGAUAAAGUCUAGAUCUAAACGGACUUUAAACGUGAACGCCGGACACACUUUAAUGUUUUACAGUGCUGCGGUGCUGCUUUGUGUGUCAUUUCCAUGAAGGACUUUUUAUUACUUGAUGUGCUACUGCUGUUGAAUUCCCCUAUAAAGUCAUUCCGAACAUAUUUUUGCCAUAAAUUUUUACUAUAAGGAGUUUAAAGUCUGUGUGAAAUCAAAACUUAUGACGUUUAUUUUGCUAGCACACAUGGUUAUUCUUUAGGUGAUGUUAAUCCACUGAAAAAACAAUAUUUGUUUUAGUAAUCGUCAAUCAAACGCUGCGUUCGAUAUCGCCUACUACUCAGAAGGUACUGCAUUUGAAUUUAAACGUACUACUCGACCGUUAGAAAAGUAAGUUCUAUAUAUUAUGAAUAGAACUCGAAUGUACUACAUCCGCCAUUUUGUAGUCAUCACUUGACCUACCUGCAUCAGUUGCGUCACUUCACUCCCAUUUAUGAAUUAUCUCGUGAUGCAUCAUGGGAUAGCGUAACAUCCAUCCGAUGCGCGGAAUCUACUUGGAAGCAGUAGGUCAUCCGGCUUCUUCUCACAUACUGUUUUUCGAAUUUUAUAAAUUCGGACAUACUACUCGGCUCGCACACUGAUUUUAGUGUAAUAAAUAGUAUUGAGUAUGCAAUUUCGGAUGCAGUAAAUGUUACAUUUGCUUAUGCCUUUGACGUGGGCGGUUUUUCCCUGAUGUCAGUUUGACACUUCAACCACAUUAUUCUUAACCACACCCCUCUUAAAGCAAAGAAAGCCCCGCCCCCUUCUCAAUAUUCAGGUUUACUUGUAAAGCACAUUAACAUACUGAAAUAAAAGUCUCUGCAACGUAUGGUUCUGUAGAUUUUAAAACCCGUUUUCCAGCUAAGAAAAUCACAAACGUUGAAAAAUGUUUGACAUAAAGACGAAAAUAAUAGAUAUCUACAAUUUCAUGACGCAUCGCAAAUGUAAAUUAAUUUCUUACAUUUAUAUAGCGCUUUUCUGGACACUCAAAGCGUUUUAGACAUCCUCAUCCACCACCAGUGCGCAGCAUCCAUGUGGAUGACGCGACGGCAGCCAUAUUGUGCCAGAAGACACAACACGCCAGCUGAUUGGUGGAGAGGAGACAGAGUGACGAAGCCAAUUAUGAUAUAGAGAUGGUUAGGAGGCCAUGAUGGACAGAGGCCAGUGGGCAAAUUUGGCCAGGAUGUCGGGGUUAAACCCGUACUCUUUUUCGAAGGACAUCCUGGGAUUUUUAACGACCACAGAGAGUCUGGACCUCGGUUUAACAUCUCAGCCGAAAGACAGCUCUUACUGAGCAGUAUAGCGUCCCUUUCACUAUACUGGGGUGUUAGGCCCCAUACAGAUCGCUGGUUGAGCGCCCCCUGCUGGUCUUACUAACACCACUAAAUUAAUCAAUUAAUUAAUCAAAUUAAUGAGUUUAACUAAAGUUUUUUGGUGCGUUCCAAUUCGCAUACUAAACAUCCUAAAUAGUAUGCGAAACUACAAUUAGUAUGUCCCAAACUAGUAUGUUAAAAAUAGUAAUAGUAUGUUUAAAAGAGUACGCAAAAGCUUCCCGGAUGGUCGACUAUUUCCAGUAGAAAUUGGAAGUGUAGAAGCGCUCGUACUCUAACCGCUAAUAUUACCCACAAUACAUUAUGCGUUCAACUUGAAUUUGAUUAGAACUGCAAACUCGGGAAAAAAGUGUAAAUAAACUACAAACAUGGCGGACCCACAAGACCAACCGUCAAGUAGAGAGGCUUUGAGAGAUUUAAUUAAUACCUAGCCAACUGCGGAAUAUUUAAAUCACGUUUUCUGCGUUACAUUUCAUCUGCAACAACAACGUGAACUAAUAUCAAGAUAUAUUUCGAUGUUAACCUCUGAAUGCAGAAUUAUCCAACGACCUGAGGAGAUUUCUCUGAUAAAAGACUUGCGAAUGGCAGAUUAACCCACAGCUUAAUCUCCAAUAAUUAAAUAUAUUCCUUCACAAAUAAGGUACAUACUUUAUAGUAUAGUACAUAGUAGUAGACGUAGUAUAAGUAUGCGAAUUGGGACUCAGCGUUUGUGUUUCAUAGAAACAACAUUUAAAAUCGUGAGUGGGUGGAUUUGUGUAAAGCAUCAUGGGUAAUGUAGUUUUACAGCACAAAAUCAAGUCUUCACGGUUUAUGAAUUAUACUUAAAAAUCAAUCACGUCCUUAUGGGGGAACUGAAUGGAGCUUUUGUUUUCGGAUUCGACUCGCUUUGUGUAAACACUCUGAACCUGACGCGAUCAAAUGUUAACUUUUAAUAACUGAGGUAUUGCGUUUCUUGAGAUUAUGUUUGAUUUCAAUGGGAGUUGGUAUUUUAUUGAAGUUUGAAUCACAUUGAUUUAUAUUCACCAUGUCAAGCAGUGUCUUCACAUCGGUUCAUAUGUAAAUGAAGGUAAUGUAGAUAUGUUUUGAUCAAAUCAUGUAUCCACAACAAUGUCUGUUUAAUUAAAUGUGAUUUUAGGGGGGGGAAAUGGUACAUUACUUUAGAAUGUCAGUAUUUAUGUUCGGCUUCAGUAUGUCAUCUCUAUGUCUAAAAUCAAUGUUGGUCUUUUGGUUGUUUGUAUGUGCUGAUAAAAA